CCUUCAUAAAUUUCUCACAAAUCUAAAAAGAACUUCCUCUCAUUCUAUGCGUCAUCUAAGUUUUCAACUCUUCCCAUUCCAACUUCCCUUAAUUCUUCGUCUCUUCCAUUGCUUUUAUCGCUCAAAUCCUGAGAAGAUGCUCUCUGCGUGUGUCUAAGCUAUUGAGCUUUGGGCUCUAAUGGGUUCAAGGAAUCACGCCGAAGACAUCAGUAAGCUUACUCUUAAAUUGCACGAGUCAACCAGAGUGCUAGAUCAAACACCUAGUCCAGGAAGAAGAGAUUUAGUCAGCAGGUCAUCAUUUGCGAUGAGGUCAGUUGAAAAUGAUGAAGCUGACUUGGAAGGUGGCAAGUUGGAAAAAGAAUGGGAUAAAUCGACACAUACUAACAGGAUAGUUAAGAUACACAAUCAGGCAUUAUUGUCUGGCCUUGCAUAUUGUGUUUCCUCCUGCAGCAUGAUACUGGUAAACAAGUUUGUGCUCUCCAGUUAUGAUUUCAAUGCUGGGAUAUCUUUGAUGCUUUACCAGAACUUUAUCUCAGUUGUUAUUGUGUCUAUAAUGAGUUUUAUGGGCAUAAUAACAACAGAACCAUUAACAUGGAGAUUGAUUAAGGUCUGGUUACCAGUGAACGCCAUAUUUGUCGGAAUGCUUAUUACAAGCAUGUUCAGUUUGAAAUAUAUUAAUGUUGCCAUGGUCACAGUCCUGAAGAAUGUCACAAAUGUAAUAACAGCACUUGGUGAGAUGUACCUGUUCAAUAAGCACCAUGAUAACAGAGUCUGGGCUGCUCUGUUCCUAAUGAUUAUUUCAGCCAUAUCUGGAGGCAUCACUGAUCUGUCGUUUCAUGCUGUUGGAUAUGGAUGGCAAAUCAUAAAUUGUUUCUUAACUGCAGCAUAUUCUUUGACGCUACGUAGGGUCAUGGAUACAGCAAAGCAAGUUACCAGAUCUGGAAAUUUGAAUGAGUUUUCAAUGGUCUUGCUAAAUAACAUGCUUUCAUUGCCUUUGGGGAUUCUUCUUGUUUUUGUUUUCCGUGAGGUUGAUUAUCUAUCUCAGACGCCACUAUUGAGGUUACCUGACUUCUGGCUAGUAAUGACAUUAAGUGGAUUCCUGGGUCUUGCAAUCAGCUUCACAUCAAUGUGGUUUCUUCAUCAAACAGGAGCAACUACAUACAGCCUUGUGGGAUCACUCAAUAAGAUACCUUUGUCCAUCGCCGGCAUUGUUCUAUUCAAAGUACCAACCAGUUUGGAGAACUCUGCUAGCAUCUUCUUUGGUCUUUUAGCGGGAGUAUUUUUUGCUAGAGCCAAAAUGCGGGAGAGAUCUCAGUCUUGACCACUUAGCAUCAUUAGUUGCAUACUGUGUAACUUGUAUGCACCUACUUUUGAGCAUAUCAUCAAUAUGGGGCAAUCAAUCAAAGCAGUUUCCAGGGGAAAGAAAACGAAUCAAGAUUAGUGGGCAAUCAAGUUAGUCCUCUGAGGGUGGACCAGACCUCGAUGGGUGCCUUGUUUUGUUGUAACAAUGGGAAAAAAGAGAGAUGCUGCUACACCACAUUUUUCUGGCCGUACCAUACUGUACGGGGGAACUAGUUUACCCUCCCCCUUGUAUUUUAUACAUGUAAUGGAUUAGGCAAUGCAGUUCUAGUUCAUGUCUUUAUUAGGCUUUAAGGAGAAGAGCCAAGUCAUUCAUUAUUGUUGUUUUAACUUUAAAUUACUCCAGAUGAAUGCAGUCUUUUAUGGUUUUGCCUGAAUUUUCCUGACGAGUAGUUGUAAUUUUUAAAAAAAUUUAUUUCAUGUU